AUGGCCGGGCACACUUCCACUUUUAUGAGAUGCCUACUUGUAAAGUUUGCUGUCUUAGCUGUAUGCUCCGCGUACCCAUACCUUCUCGAUCCUGAUUACGAACUAUCUGAUGUUAUAGUCAGUAAGCGAGCGUUUGAUCGCCUAGAAGGGAACGAAUUCGGUCUUCUUAAGAGAGCCCUUAACAAGCGUGCUUUCGACAGGCUAGAUAUGGCCGAUUUCGGAUUACGAAGAAAGCGUGCAUUCGAUAGAAUAGCACGUGCUGAAUUUGGACUCACUGGUCUCCGCAGAAAGCGAUCAUCCGAUCUGUCAACAUCAAAUGAAGAAUUUGGACUGAGAAGAAGACGUGCACUUGAUCGUAUUGGUGGAUCGGAAUUUGGAUUGAUCAAGCGAUCAGUCGAUCCACAUCUUAGCCGUGAAGAGCUCAUCAACGACCUUGCUGAUUCCAUCGUGUCGCUACACGAAGACAGUGCACUGCAUGGACCGAAGCUGGUAGUGUUUCCUGUACCGACUGAAGAACGAGAAUCGAAUAGAUAA